CCGGCAUCCUCACUCCGUAUCGCGGCUCCGACUCGUCGGAAUCGUCCGCACUCACCUUGGUGGCGCAGCCGAGUUGGUCCCUCGUCUGGCGCUCCGUUUCACCGUCGCGUUUUGUCGCGGAGCACAUGGACCCGGGAGAUCAUCCCUGCACAGACUGAACGUUCCUCCGAGUGUGAACAGUUGGGGAUGUGGAGAUGAUCGAGCUUCCGUCUAUCAUCGUACGACUCGCGGUGUGACCGAUGAUAUUGUUUUAGUUAGUUAGUGCGGGUGCCACGGAAUUCGGUGUUUCUCGAUUGUCGACAUCGCAGUGCGCCGGGGCGAUAUGGACCGCGAAUCACGAGUCUCUGAACUGUCAACGACGCCGAUGACAAUAGUUGGACCUCAGUGCUGAUUUGUGAAGUGUGGGUGUUACUCGCUGUAUGAUAAUAAUUCGCGAAGACACUACAGUCGAUUUGGUGAAGGACGAGAUGCACACGUAAGAGCUCCUCCCUCAACUAUCCUCGAAAUUCACGGAGGAAUUCACACUUCCCCUUCCUUCUACGUUUAUGUGAUAUCGGAAGUGUCGCAAGGGGAAUAACGGCAGAAAGAAAGAGAGAGAGAGAGAGAGAGAAAGAGACAAGAGAGAACGAGGGUGAACGAGUGGUAGUGGUGGAAGGAAGAGAGAAUCCGAGCCACAGCGGACGCCAUCUCCGCGUUAUCGGCAAGCGGAUCCCUCGGGACUCCCCCCCGAGCAACAUCGGCGUCGCGCACCCUCGGCGGGAACUACCCCGCGACAGCGGCCACCCUGAUGGGAGUGUAUGAGGAGCGCGCCCCUCCUACCAUCGGCAUGCACUGGCAGCCGCCCAGCACGCAGGAGCGUGGCAGCGGCUUGGCUGUGGGGCGUCAAGGGGGACCCGGUAGCGCGGGGGGACCCGGUGCGGUAGACCAGGCGCGAGAUCUGAGCCCCUGCCUGCCCGCGUCGAUGGGCGAUGCCGCGCGACCGACUACUCUGCCGUGCAGCCCCCCCGCCGCCCAUCAUCACGGGCCCUUGCAUCAGACCCAUUGUGGUACAAACAACAACUGUUACGACAGCUCGACUACCCCUUACGAGUCGCGGGACUACGAUUCUCCCGGAGCGGGCGGACAGGAGUACAGAGCUGGUAACUUUGAGAACGCGAGCGACCUGAGCAUGCCGUCGCAGACCGCACACCACCACCACCAUCAUCAUCAUCACCAUCAUCAUCCCCAUCUGCAGACGCAGGAGCAGCAGACCACGACGGAUCACCUGCAUGCCGUUCCUAAGCUCGAACCGCCACCCACACCGCCCGCGCAAUCCGACGAUGUUCCCGGUGUAGUUUGCGCGGGAUGUGGCCUCAGGAUAUCCGACAGGUUCUAUCUUCAGGCGGUCGACAGGCGGUGGCAUGCCGCGUGUCUCCAGUGCUCGCACUGCCGUCAGGGUCUCGACGGGGAGAUCACGUGCUUCAGCCGUGACGGGAAUAUCUAUUGCAAGAAGGACUAUUAUCGGAUGUUCGGCAGCAUGAAGCGGUGCGCGCGCUGCCAGGCCGCGAUCUUGGCUUCCGAGCUGGUGAUGCGCGCGCGCGAGCUCGUCUUUCACGUGCGCUGCUUCUCGUGCGCGGCGUGCGCGGUGCCCUUGACAAAGGGCGAUCACUUCGGCAUGCGGGAUGGCGCCGUCCUUUGCCGGUUACAUUACGAGAUGGGCGCCGAGCUGCAUCCGGCCCAGAGUCCGCCAGUGCCGGUCUACCCGCCCGGACCGCACUAUCCCGGCCAGCCCUACCCCUCGCCCGAGUUUCUCCACCAUCAUCCCCAUCAUCAUCAUCAUCAUCAUCACCACGCGCCGCCGCAUCCGCAUCACUCGAUGCAUCCCCAACACCCGCACGUCAGCCCGGUGUCGCUGCAGCCCUCCACGCCUGCGGUGCCCGAUGCAUCCUCGCCUCCUAAGGUGCCCUACUUUAACGGCGCCGCCGCCGUAGUCCCGCCACCUAGACAGAAGGGCAGGCCCAGGAAGAGGAAACCCAAGGAUCUGGAAGCCAUGACCGCGAGUCUUGAUUUAAACGCGGAUUAUAUAGACAUGCCCUUCGGUAGAGGAGGUCCUGGGACACCAGGUAUACCCGGCUCCAACAGCAGAACGAAGCGUAUGAGAACGAGUUUCAAGCAUCACCAGUUAAGGACGAUGAAGAGCUACUUCGCGAUCAAUCACAAUCCCGACGCGAAGGAUCUCAAGCAGCUUUCUCAGAAAACUGGCCUGCCGAAAAGGGUGUUGCAGGUCUGGUUCCAGAACGCGCGAGCGAAAUGGCGGCGUAUGGUGCUGAAGCAGGAGGGCAAAUCGGACAAGUGCGACAGCGGGGUGGACGGCGGCAGCCUCGGCGACCUUGAGCUCUACGGGAACAGCGCCGGAAGUGGCGGGCCGCCGAUGAGCCCGCCCUUCAUGCUCGGCGGCCCUCACAGCCCCGCGUCCUUGGCGUCUCUGGAUUGCGCGUGAUCCUCGAGGUCCAGGUUCGUCCUUCCUGACUAGCGUUGCGUCUUCGUCCCGCGAUACGACGUCUCUCGAUUCCAAGACGACGUCGCGGACGAUUUCUCGCGCGAGUGAUCUCGCUUGCGAAAGCAGCGACGGAUUGUAUUACUAUAAUCGGCGAAUCAGCUGUAAAAAGAGAACCUUUCUUGCGAUGUCAAGCGGUUCGAACAAAAAUUAGGAUGAUUAACAAAGAAUCGAUCGGGAAGCGUGCUUCUUGAAGAUAACUUAUCACGGGACCCGAGUUUUCCUUCGGUGGUAAACCGAUGGAAAUACUCAACUUUUCUUUUCGUCAAUUUGUCAAGAAGUUCGCAUAUCAAUUUGAACAGCCGAUUGAGACGACGUGAAAUCGACGGACGUGUGGGCAUGUUGACAGGCUCGCGUGGAUCCGUUUAAUUGAUAAAAUCGUUGUAUUUAUUGUAGCUCGAAUUGCGACUUUGUCGCAGAACACUAAAGUCGUUCGUUAAAGACAAUGUAAUUAGUAAUGAGAUCUAUUUAUUCGUCUAAGUGUAAUUAAGGGUCGCGAACACAUUACCAGUGCUAUGUAAAAAUCCAGCGUUUCGGGAGUUCUCGAAUAAUUGUCGACUGCCGACAUUUUUCAGAACGUUGCUUGUCAAUAUUUUUUAGGUGUCAAUAUUUUUCACUAUUAUUGGAAUGUCAACAAGUCAAUUUGUUGAUCGCGUAUACUGGAGUUAUCAGCAUUAUUUUUUUAUAAUUUUUCCAACAAUAUAUGUAUUUCUUUAAAUUCUCUCUGCAGAGAUAUUUUCCACGAAUUUAACUACAGUUGAUCGAUCGAGAAAUAAUAAAAUUUAUAUUCUAUUUUUACAUUGCGUCAGCAUUUUCUCUAGAAGACAAAUAAUAACUCAAAGAUCAAUCGACACUUCGUCGAAUGCGUGAGAGUGAAACGUUGGAUUUUGACGAGAUAAUAUUAAUUAUUUAUAAAACACGAGCUGCGAGAGCGCGUUAUCGUAAUUGUAUAUUAUUGCUCAAGAGACGGCGAGACAGAACCCUGAGAUUAAUCCACAGUUCGACCCUGUUACUGUAAAUAAAGGAUGUUCCUCCUCGUA